GUGUUGGUGACGCGGCGGUAGUUGGUACAGUCCGAUGAAGAUGGCGGCGGUGACGGGAGGAAUCUCGGUGCCGGGGCCUGGCCGUUUUUACUCGGUGCCUGGCUCCGAGCUGCCGGGGGCGGUCAGCCGCACGCUGAGCCCCAUGGUGACAGGGACCUCAGUGCUGGGGGUGAAGUUCGACGGUGGGGUCAUUCUAGCCGCUGACAUGCUGGGCUCCUACGGUUCGAUGGCCCGCUUCCGGAACAUUCCCAGGCUCAUGAGGGUGAACGACAACACAGUCCUGGGCGCAUCAGGCGACUACGCUGACUACCAGUACCUCAAGCAGGCCAUCGAGCAGAUGAUGAUUGAUGAAGAGCUGCUGGGAGAUGGUUACAGUUACAGUCCGAAAGCUAUCCACUCCUGGCUCACCAGGGUCAUGUACAACAGGAGGUGUAAGAUGAAUCCUCUGUGGAACACAGUCAUCAUUGGUGGGAUGAACAACGGUGAGAGUUUCCUAGGUUACGUGGACAAAUUGGGGGUGGCCUAUGAGGCUUCGACAGUGGCCACUGGCUUCGGGGCGUACCUGGCGCAGCCCCUGAUGAGGGAGGUGGCGGAGAAGCAGCUGAUCUCGAAGGACGAAGCUCGCCAGCUGAUUGAGCGCUGCCUGAAGGUCCUCUAUUACCGUGACGCACGCUCCUAUAACCGGUACCAGAUUGCGACGGUGUCAGCUGCUGGUGUACAGAUCGAAGGGCCGAUGUCAGCAGACACCAACUGGGAAAUCGCGCACAUGAUCAGGGGGUUUGAAUAGACAGAUGCCAUGUGUUCACAGACGGCGAAUCACUCCACACCAGAUCUGCGAUGUUCUCUCUGCAUUCACAGACUUUUAAAGCCACUGUCUAUUUGCUGGGAUGCCUCUGGGAAAUCUGAGUUGUAUGUGCUGCAGGCUACGUGUAUAACCCACUGGGGCAACGUAUUGAAAUAAAGUAACCUUUUGGGA